AUGCCGCGUACGUCGCGGAGGACGGGAUCGGCGGCCGUCAAUUCACCCGCCGCGUCGGAUAUCUUCCGCUCUGGUAUCGACUCUAAGCAUGCAUCAUUGUCGCUCUUCUGCGUGUGUUUGUGUUUCCGGGAUGAGAACCUAUCGCGAUUGGCUCUUUGGCGUGCAUCAUCGAAGAUUUGGGGUUUAUUUCUGUUGCCAUGGAUGACGAUGGCUCUCUAUAUUAACGGAGGUGCAUGCGUUGGUUUUGUGGUUCGCCAGGAUGCUUUUGGCUGUCGCUGUACGUUCUGUCGGAUUACUUCGCCUGCUCUUCUUUCUUCUGGGGACUUUUAUAAUGAUCAUUGAUGCCUGACCUAGUUUCCCCGUGUACGUUCUGGACUUCGUGAGCCUAAUUGAGUAGUUCUGGUCUCAGAGGGAUCUGAACUAGUGCCAUUUAGUGCUGCCUUUCUUGUUGUGUAUUGAUUCAAGCCUUGGGCUGAUCUUGUUUAUGCUCUAUAGUGUUGGAUACUGGAGUGAAUUGCUCGAAGUUUCUGAAAUGAGGAACAGUGAGAAAGGAGAAAGAAACAGCGACUGGGUGCGCUCAUUGUUUUGGCGGCCUGUUUGCGAAGUUCCCAACGCAACUGAUUUGAUCGAGUCAUGGGAAGUUGAAUUGGAAUUUUGGUUUUCUCACCUUCGGGUGUUUGUCUUCCUAGCGAAUUGACAUUUUUGUUGGAGACUGAACCUGUUCUGUCCUGUUUUGUAGAAGAUUUUUGGCCUUUUACGUUUAUUUUCCUUGGAAAGAUAGCUCCAUCAUAUCCAUCGGUUCUCAUGUAGUUAUUGGACGCCAGGGCUUGGUGGGCCACCACUGUUCCUUUCUUGACCCGUUUUCUAUCUUGGAAAAGUUCAAAAUGGUGAAAAUCCAUGGCAAUAAGGAGCCACUAUCGCUGGUAUUGCAUUAAAAAAAUUCCAUCUGAAGUUAAAUUGUAUUAAUUUAUCAAUGGACAUGUAACGAGUCCAUGUGAUCCCUUGCGUGCCAUGACUGGACUGUGGGAGUAAUGUCAACAACUGAAUUGUUUAUUCUCUUAUUGUCUCCUCAUUGUUCCCGCAAGGUGGUAGGGACACAAGUCACUGAUAUGCCGACCUUUAUGCUCUCUGUUAGUCAUGAUUUUUAUGCUAGUAUCCAUGGAUCGGUCCCUUUUGUUUACAUUUAAUACAGUUACAAUGCGAUUACUUACUCACUAGAUAAUAUUAUCCUUUUUCUUAUUGGGUCAUCGCAUUUAUUUGUGUUUUUAUACUUCUCUUAAAAGUUCACUUGGUUUUCGGGCAAAUUCUCAGCAUUUUAAUCUUUAUUUUUCAGCCACUAAUCGGGCAAUAUCCAAGGAGUUGGAGCGCAUCGACGUUCUGUUUCAUUCAUAUUCAGACAGCUCUUCUGGCGUGAUUGGGUAAAAAUCACUUUUCUCAUUUGUUUUUAGUCCUGGGUAGUAAUAGACUUCAUAGAAGAAUUUUUCUUUUGUAAAAACAUUGUCCCUGUUCCGUGACCAUCUUGCUCCAUUAGGUUCAACGCAACAUGUAUUUUAUAAACUGCUUUUCCGAGGCCCUUUUUCCCUGAUAAAAACUUUAUUUAUGUUUUAUUUCUGUAUAAAUGUCUUUAGAAAAAGUGGAGGUUGCUAGAGAUGUAUUUAGGGGGCUCUAGUUCAAUCUAUUUUGAUAGUUUCGCUUCAGGUUCAUUUAUCAGGCGGUUCUUUUUAUCUUGGAAUUAUGACGGUAUUUUACCUAAACAGCUUUCAAGAUGGUGAUGACCUAACAGACGUGGGAAAGAUAUUUCUGUUCUUUUGAUUUAUCUCUAACAGUUCAGAGAAACCUUUGAGCUAUUUGACAUAGUGGGGAAAUUCCAAGUGGGGAAAUAGUAUUGAGUUCUUAUUUUGCUACACCAUCGUAAACCUGUCCAAUAUUUGGUGCACAUAAUGUUAUAUCCUAUGAUGCUAUUUUCGAUAUUCCUUUUCCAGUUUGAAAUUCAUCGGUGAAACUUUUUCCACCCGACUUUUCUUAUGUCUGACCUUCUUUGCACUUGUCGUCACACCAUCUCAAACAAAGAUCAAUUUCAUCUUGAUAUUAGCUCUAUAUCUCUUAGAUAUGGUCAUGUAUAUGCAAUUUCUCCAUAUCUUAUUUCACUUUGUCCAUGUACCAUUUUCUAGAUGUCCGACCCUUUGACCCACAUAAGUAGCUGAUCUCGUUGCCAUCUCAUGAAAUCUGAUCUUCAAUCUAACAGGGAAAAAAGGGUCAAACAGGGCACCAUUCGGUGUAUGUCAUUAUAACUUCUUUGACUCCAACUGCUAAAUUAGGAUGCUAAGGUCCAUGUUUAUCUCUCGAUUGUUAAACUGAGCACCAAUGCAUAAUCUUCAUUUUCUUUUUUUUAAAACUGUAAUUUCUUUCUGUUUUUUUCACCUUUAAAUUGUUAGAUGUUAUUAUUUUUAGUUCUAACAUAUACACUCGGAUCCAUCCUCAUUUGCAAGCCGCGGAUAUCAGCCCGCCUAUAUAUCACCGCAAUUUGAGGUUAAUUUCGUUUAAUAUAGUAUGGGAUAUAAAUCAGAGAAUGAAAUAUAUACGAAGAAAUGAUUUUCACUGGAAUGUAUCCCUUCCUAAACCAUUUAUCAUCAUAGUUUAAUUAUUUCUUGCGAGUCAUUGAGAGGCUGGCCUGGCCUCAGCUCCAUCCUACAUUAUGUGCAAUAUUUUUGUGCUUUAUUAUUUGCAAUGGAAACAUUGGUCGGUGUGUGACGUAUAUUCAAUUUCUUGCCCUGCUUGGGUAGCCCUGAAGGGAUAGAAUCUCUCUGCUCAGAUGUUGGGGUGGAACACACCGACAUCAGAAUGCUAAUGCUCGCCUGGUAAGCUCUGCACAUUGUUCAUCUUAAAUAUUUAUUUAUUUUAAAUUAUUUUGUUAUUUUGGACAUGUUUCCUGGUAUUAAUCUGGCUAUGCUUACCAGGAAGCUGAGAGCCGAGAGGCAAGGAUACUUCACCUUGGUAAUUAAUUAUCGAUUAAAACACUCGUUGUAAUGGAAUUAUUUAAUGCUUAAGGUUUUCUCUUAACGUUCUCAGUUGAUCAACAGGAAGAGUGGCGGGGUGGUCUAAAAGCCCUUCGAUCCGACAGCAUCGGUAAAUUAAAGAAGGCCCUGACCGAGCUGGAGAAAGAGGUGACACCCCUCUCUCUCUCUCUCUCUCUCUCUCUCUCUCUCUCUCUCUCUUUCUCUCUCUAGGAGCUUGAGGACCUCGUGGGACCCUUUUUGGGGAGAUGACGAUGCGUCUGUGUGGGCUUAAAUCCCCAAUAUGGCAGGUCAGGAGCCCGGAGAAUUUCUCGGACUUCUAUUCAUAUGCAUUCAGAUAUUGUCUGACAGGUAACUAAGAACUAAACCCCUCAGAUUAACUGAGAUGAUGCUGCUGCUCCAUAAUCUCUCCAAGGAGGGCGGGCCGACAUAAUCUCUCCCCCCCUCCACUGCAGAGGACAAGCAGAGGAGCAUAGACAUAGAGAGCACCUGUGAGCUGCUGGAUCUCAUCCUGGGACCCAUCUACCGUCCCCAAAUCGGCAAACUCACUGAGUUCCUGAAGGUGCGAUGACCAUCCCCAAAUCCCUUCUUUUUUUCUUUUUUCUUUUUGGGUUUUCUUUAAAAAAUAUAUAUAUUUGGAUCUUCAGGGCCAGAGCGAUUACAAGGUGAUCAACAUGGAUCAGUGGAUGGGUUUCCUCCGUUUCUGCAAAGAGGUCUCUCUCUCUAUCUCUCUCUCUCUCUCUCUCUCUCUCUCUCUCUCUCUCUCUCUCUCUCUCGCUCUCGCUUUCUCUCUCUUAACCGAUAUUGUUGCUUGAUUUUCAUGAAAUGCUGUAUUUGGGUUAUUGGACCGGCCAGCAGUGGUGAUGUUUCCAUUUGUGGCAGAUAAAUUUUCCGUCGGUGGACAACUACGACCCGGCUUUGGCCUGGCCGCUGAUUCUGGACAAUUUUGUGGAGUGGAUGCAGCAGCAGCAGCAUGGGCGGUAG